CCACCGCCCCCCCGCCCGAAUAUUCCAAGCUCGCGUCUUGCGGCGGCGGCGGCGGCGAGCAGACGGAGCCCAGGCCGGAGGAGGCCCCGGACCCCGAUUUCUGCUCCCAAUCGUCUCGGCGAGAGGUGCGUGCGCGCCUCCCUUCUCCCCGCCCCGAACGCCCCCACCAUUUCAUCCGUAGCCGGCCGCCCGAUUCGUUCCCGAGGUGCCCUUCUCGCCGUCGCCGGAGCCGGCUGCAGCCAUUCCGGCGCGCAGAGAGGCAACGGAGCCACUAUGCCUGGAGCAGAUGAGACGUUUCCGGCAGAGUCGAGGGCGACGGUGUUCUUUGGGGCUGUGACAUCUAAAUCGGAGCCGCUGACCUUUGAAGAGUCCCUCAGAUUUGUCAAGAAAGUGAAGGCUCGCAACUACAUGCUGUACCUGUCGCUGUUUGACAUCCUGGGCAGGACAGAGCUGUCCCAGCUGGAGGCCUACCAAACACUGCAGCUGCUGUUCCGCGACCACCCGGACCUGCACGAAGGGCUGGAGAAGUUCAGGCCCCCGAUGCCCACGAAGCACGCCGCGGCGAACAGCAACCUCUGGCCGUGGGUGUUUGCGUGCGCCGCCGUCCCUCUGGUGGCGAUGAGCCUGAUCCCGGCGCUGGGGAACCCGGUGCUGUGGCUCGUCCAGCAGACGCUCGGCGAGAAGAUGAGGGCGGCAUGAUUCGAGCCUGGUUCCGUUCGGCUACUGCAGUUGCGCCUCGGCUGGUCGCUUAGGUUUAUCAAUCCCGUCAGUCAAUCGGUUGAUCGAUCAAUAAUGUAAUUAGUUGACACAUGGUCGUGUGCGUUCGUGUGUGUGUGUGUGUGGGUGGUGUAUAUAUAGUUAGAGCAAGCAAAGCAACAUCAUCAUUCGAUGGGAUGGGAGGAAACCCAGGGUUUAUUGGGCUGCGCAGUAUCAGGUAGGCACUGGGAAGAAAGAAAUUUGGUCACAGACCUGCAGGUCAGGUCUUUGCAACACACAGUUAUGCUGUCCACUGCUGGAUCGAACUUGACUAGCUUAUUGCUUUUAUCUGCAUAUA